AGAAGAGAGAGACCGUGUUGAGACUCUGUGUUUGAGAGGAGAGACCUUGUCGGGACCUUGUGUACGUACCGAUAUCGUACACAUACCCACGUCCUCCCCCUCCGAUGCAUCACCACCGCCCACGAUGAACUUUGGCGAAAUCAACGGUCCCGACAGGGCGGUAUUCCUCGGAUUGCAGCGAUCACUCCCGCACGUCCUGUUACUAUCCCCACACCCGGAGGCCGCGCUCCUCGGGCGUCCGCAGCUUUCGAUCCCCGCGCUCCUGACCUUCCACGCGUUCCUCGUCAUCCCCUUCCUCAUCCCGCCCUUCCCGCUCAACCGUCAUCUCUUCCUCGGACUCCUCACCGCGCUACUCAUCUCCAUCGUGCGGUCGACAACCGGGCUAGGCCAGGCCGAGGACUAUGUCCUCUCCAUCAUCUGCGUCGGCUUCUACCAGCGCUUCGUCAGCUUCUUCGUCUGCUCGCCGCCGCCGCAGAAGAACGUCGCGCUCGCGCGCCCGGGGAAGGAGGGCUACUUCGGCACGUGGGGGCUGAAGGAUCGGCUGCUGGCGCUGUGGGCGAUGUAUAACAACACCCGCGGCGUGGGGUGGGCGUGGGAAGUACGUACGCGGGGCUACGCGUCCACGCCAGCCCUCCCGCGAUGGACCUUCGUCCGCGAGCAGCUCCGCAAGCUCGCAUUAAUCCUCGCGCUCACAGUCCCCAGCCACAUCCUGUACCCGACAGUGGCCGAAGUCGUCACGGCGCCCUUUUGGGUCCGCAGCUAUCGCAGCAACCUGUGCGUCUUCGGGAUCUACAGCAUCGUCAACGGCAGCUACAUCUUGCACUCCGUUGUCUCAGUCUCUCUCGGCUUCUCCACUCCCGAGGAGUGGCCGCCCCUCUUCGGCAGCAUCACCAGCUGCUGGAGUGUCCGGCGAGCGUGGGGCUUCUGGCACCAAAGCCUGACGCUUCCCGCACUGCAGCACGCAACCUACUUCUCGCGCCUCCUAGGUGUGCGACAGUCGCACCUCCUCACGGUGCUGACGGGGUUCACGCUCAGCGCGGUGCUGCACGCGCUGCCGGCAUGGACGAUCUCGCGCACCGACGGGGGGAUGGUGGUUUACUUCCUUUUGCAGGCGGUGGGGAUCGGGCUCGAGGAGUUUUGUGGGCGGCCGCUGGGAGGAGUGCUCGGUGUGCAAGGGCGCGCGGGGAGAGUGGUAGGGUGUGUAUGGAUGCUUGCGUGGUUCGCGACCACAAACGUGCUCUUUGUCGAGGGCCUCGUGGCGGUGGGAAUGCAGCCGGUCGUCGACUGGAGGUGGGCGUUGGGGUAUGAAACCGUUCGGAUUAACUGAACUGAAUC